AUGAUCCUUGCGGUGCUGUUUGCGAACGCCGAGGGCAAUAUCCUCAUCGAACGUUUUCAUGGUGUUCCUGCGGAGGAGCGUCUACACUGGCGUUCUUUCUUGGUCAAACUAGGAGCGGACAAUCUUAAGGGUGUAAAAAAUGAAGAACUUUUAGUUGCUUGCCACAAGUCAGUUUAUAUUGUAUACACAAUACUUGGAGAUGUCAGUAUAUACGUUGUGGGGAAGGACGAGUACGACGAACUUGCUUUGUCAGAGGUGAUCUUUACAAUAACUUCAGCUGUAAAGGAUGUAUGUGGGAAGCCCCCAACUGAGCGCCGUUUCCUUGAUAAGUAUGGAAGAAUUUGCUUGUGUUUGGAUGAAAUUGUAUGGAAGGGAUAUUUGGAAAAUACUGAAAAAGAUAGAAUCAAGAGAUUGAUAAGGUUGAAGCCUCCUACUGAGUUCUGA